AAGUAAAUGAAGCACCAAAACACAUAACCAUGAAUCCCCUCUCAUCUCUCACCCUUUCCUUCCUCCUCUUCACUUUCAUCACCAAUCUUCCAUCAAACACCGCUGCACCUACUCAGGUUAUAGACAUUAACGGUAACCCCCUUAUCCAUGGUAACCAAUACUUCAUUUUUCCAGCAACUCGCAAACCCGGUACCGGAGGACUAACCCUAAACAAAAUCUCUGAUUCUGAAUGUCCACUAACCGUCCUACAAAACAAUGCUAAUAAACUAGGCAUCCCUGUCAAAUUCACCAUACCAGAAAGCACAACUGGUAACAUCUUAACAGGUACUGAUCUUGAUAUUGAGUUUACUGAGAAACCUAGCUGUGCUGAAUCAUCUAAAUGGUCGGUGUUUGUUGAUAACGCUACUCAACUGAACUAUGUUGGUAUUGGUGGUCCUGAAAACUACCACGGUGUUGAAACGAUUGGUGGGAAGUUUUUGAUAGCGAAAUUUGGAACUGCAGCUAUUUACAGGCUUGGGUUUUGUUUGGAUAAUGAUGGUGAUUGUGGUUAUCUUGGACUGAAAGCUUUUGGUGGUGAAGGGGGGUCGCGUUUGAUUAUGACUGUAACUGAUCCUUAUUUUGUUGUGUUUGUUGAUGCUGCUUCUGUGAAAUCUGUUGCAGGUGGUGAAAUUAGUAACAUUUAGGUUUAGCUAUGUUUUAAUGAAUAAGGGGAGCAGUUUGUAUUAAUUUCAUAAUUAAUGUAUAAUUGCACCUGUUAUGUAGCAGUUUAUCCUUGAUUUCA